GUUUCAUGACCAGCAUACGGCAGUGCCCACAACUGCUACUCCUUCCCUUGGUUGCGCAGUUGCGCUCCGCUCCUCAUCUCUGAAUCCAUGGAGUACGAAGGAAUCCAUAACCAUAAACCCUUGUCUGCUCUGGUAAAUUUCUGCUCUUUUCAUCUCCUUUUAUCUCCCUCUGAGCUCAAAGGACUGGUGUUUUGAGAUUGGCAACCAAAAGCUGCGACAUGAGUCACUGCUUGCAUCGGUUUCGAUGCAGAAAGGUUUCGUCCGCUUGCGCUUGCCUGCGCUCCGACUCGACGUCUUUUCCUAUUAUAAUUUCGAGCCUGAAAAGACCAGAGAUGGGGUUUUAGAUUAAAUGAUAUGAAUGCCUGUGCUUGGGACGUUGUGACGGGGAUCCGGCAGCUUUUUUAGUCAGAGUUUUGGGUUAAAUUGGGUUUGUGGUUUAAGGGAAGCGGAUUCUCUCCCAAGAAUCUUCGGGCAAUGCUGCUUGGAGCGGAGAAGAGGAGAAAGGAAGAGGAGGGGCUCGAAUCGAAGGCUUCGUCAAGAUCGGAACCCUCGAAGCUUGAAAGCGGAAGGCCAAGCGCGGCGAAUACUUGCAAGGAUGUAGAAUGCUUCUCAUUGAUGGAAAUAGGCUUCAGAUCGAGAGAUCAGGCGAUGGGCGUAGGCAGGACUAGAGCACAAGAAGAGGACUCCAUCGAAUCGGACAGCGGAUCCGCCGGAUUCGAGUUCCAGAAGGCAGAGCGGAUGCCACACCACCGGGCGACGGCGGCGCUGGUGCCUCUUUUCUCGAAGCCGGCGCCGUCGAAGUGGGACGAUGCGCAUAAGUGGAUUGCAAGCCCGACGUCGAACCGUGGGGGGAACAAGGGCGGAGGAGGAGGAGGUCAGGCGAAGAAGGGAGACUUGGUGGGAUACGUGAAUCGACACACCGCGGCCAAGGCUGCUCUGGAUGUGGGGGAGGAAGUAGACACCAAGAGAGUGGAUGUAAGCCAGGCGAAGAAAGAAAUGGGCGCUGCGAAGAGUAUGAGUUGGGUGGGUGAGCAUCAUCCUGCGCCAGAUUCAGGGGAUAAACCUGCGGCUGUUCUCGAGAAUCCAGUGGUCGAUUCAGAUGUUAAUUUUAGUUGGCAUGAUUCAUCCUCUACUCAAAGUGAUACAACUUUUAUGACACCAGUGCCUACUAUCAGGGCUGUAUCCAUGAGAGAUAUGGGAACAGAAAUGACUCCUAUUGCAAGCCAAGAGCCUUCUCGAACAGGAACCCCCAUUAGGGCAACCUCACCACUUAGUAGCCCACCUCUGUCGCUGCCAUCAAUGCCACAGAGAUCAGCUCCAGGUUCAACUCAGACAGACACAAUUCAUCAUCAGGAAUUGAGCAUUAAGGAGUUAUCUGAAAAGGAACAGCACAGGAAAACUCGGAGGGAGAUAAUGGUGCUAGGCCAGCAAUUGGGUAAGACAAACAUAGCAGCAUGGGCUAGCAAGGAAGAUGAAGAACUUUAUGCAUCUACUUCAGCUAAUAUGGUGUCAAAGGAUCAUUCAGCUAGAAGUGUCAUUGAAGCUCGUGCAGCAGCAUGGGAGGAAGCAGAAAAGACCAAGUAUCUUGCUAGGUUUAAACAAGAAGAGAUCAAAAUCAUGGCAUGGGAAAAUCAUCAGAAAGCAACAAUAGAAGCUGAAUUGAGGAAAAUUGAGGUUAAGGUAGAAAGAAUGAGGGCAUCCUCACACGAGAGAUUGAUGAGCCAGCUUGCGUCUGUGAGACACAAAGCUGAAGAUAAACGUGCUGCAGCAGAAGCCAAAAGAAAUCAACAAGCUGCUAAAACUGCACAGCAAGCAGAUUACAUCAGAAGAACUGGUCGGAUUCCUUCCAAACUUUAUUGCUGGGGUUGGUGCUUUUAGUUCAUUGCUUGAAUCAAAGACUCGAUCCACGCUUGCCUUGAAGGAGAAGAUUUUGUUGCUGCUAUGAUGUAGAUGGGUACCUCUUUUUUUUCUUCUGAGUUCUCAUUGUAAAUUCUGAUAGUUUCUCAUUGUUUUGCUAACUGGAAUCAUGAUCCUUUUCCUGAAAUCAAGCUAUCAUAUUACUUUCUUUCAAA